AUGCCCGGUCCUGUGGUUAAACGCGUGGCAAUCAUCGGAGCUGGCCCCGCGGGGGCCAUCACGAUAGAUGCCCUUGCUCAAGAAAAGACGUUCGACCUCAUCCGCGUCUUCGAGCGUCGCGAAGGUCCUGGGGGGUGCUGGAUCGGAGACCGUGAGCGCCCUCCAGCAUUGUCCGAUUUCGACAGUCUCGCCGAUCGAACAGCCGAUGCGCCGAUUCCUGUUCCCAACAAUCUGCCCGCCCUGACGGCUAAAUUUGCCCAGCCACGAUUCGCCGAGUCUUCCGUCUACCCCUACUUGGAGACUAACAUUGAAGACGUCCCCAUGGAGUUCUCGCAGGAACCGAUCCCAGCCGAGCGUAGCCUGCGCUCCAUCGAGCUGCACGGCCCCAACACGCCGUUCCGGCACUGGGACGUCAUGCGGCGGUACAUCAAAGGACUCGUGGAGCGACGAGGGUACGAGGACCUUGUGUCGUACAACACGACCGUCGAGCGCGUAGAGAAAAUCGGCGCCGAGUGGAAAGUCUCGCUACGCAAGGAGGGUAGGAAACAGGACUACUGGUGGGCAGAGUGGUUCGACGCCGUGGUUGUCGCCAGUGGGCACUAUUCGGUGCCAUACAUCCCCGCGAUUAAAGGCAUUGCAGAAUUGGAGAAGUCUCGUCCAGGCAGUGUUAUACACAGCAAGCAUUUCCGUGGGGGGGAUCUGUAUGGUGGCAAGCGAGUGGUGGUUGUCGGGGCCUCUGUCUCGGGGGCGGACAUUGCUUUCGACCUUGUCGACACAGCGCAGACACCAGUUCACGCAAUCACCAUCGGUCAUAGGGCCAACGGCUACUUUGGCGAUGAAGCCUUCAACAACCCGGGUAUCCAAAGGCAUCCCUCUAUCUCCCACGUAUCGGGCAGGAAUGUUCACCUAGUAGACGGGAAUGUCAUUUCGGAGGUUGACCAUAUCGUAUUCGCCACCGGGUACUCGUGGACACUACCCUUCCUCCCGGCCGUCCCAGUCCGCAACAACCGCGUGCCGAAUCUAUACCAACACGUGGUCUGGCAGCAUGACCCAACGCUCCUCUUCGUCGGAGCGGUGCAGGCAGGCCUGACUUUCAAAAUCUAUGAAUGGCAGGCCGUCUACGCCGCGCGCCUACUUGCCGGAAGGGCUUCUCUGCCACCUCUUGACGAAAUGCGCAGCUGGGAGUCGGAGCGCAUUAAGUUGCGCGGCGAUGGGCCUGCCUUCGCCCUCAUCUUCCCAGACUUUGAAGAUUACUUCGAGACGCUGAGAAGACUAGCGGGAGCGGGUGAGGAGGGUGUCGGGAGGACUCUACCCAAGUUUAAGCGAGAGUGGUUUCGCGCUUUUCACGAGGGGCAUGAGCGGCGUAAAUCAAUGUGGAAGCGAAUAAACGCCGCGGCAGCGGAGAAACUAGCUGUAACUCGAUCCCGUCUAUAA